UAACCCAGACCCCAGUUUAAAAGAGUUUGAAGGAGCAACACUACGCUAUGCGUCCUUGAAACUCAGAAACGCCCCUCAUGCUGAUGAUGAUGAUUCUUGUAGUGUCAACAGUGACCCAGAAGCCAAGUGUUUUGCUGUGCGUUCUCUGGGCUGGGUAGAGAUGGCAGAGGAGGAUCUUGCCCCCGGGAAGAGCAGUGUUGCGGUCAACAACUGCAUCCGGCAACUUUCCUACUGCAAAAAUGACAUCCGAGACACAGUUGGCAUUUGGGGAGAGGGCAAAGACAUGUAUCUGAUUUUGGAAAAUGACAUGCUCAGCCUGGUGGACCCCAUGGACCGCUCCGUGCUACACUCCCAGCCCAUCGUGAGCAUCCGAGUGUGGGGUGUGGGCCGAGACAAUGGCCGGGAUUUUGCUUAUGUAGCGAGAGACAAAGACACGAGGAUUCUGAAAUGUCAUGUGUUUCGAUGUGACACACCAGCAAAAGCUAUUGCCACGAGUCUCCACGAAAUCUGUUCCAAGAUUAUGGCUGAACGGAAGAAUGCCAAAGCCCUGGCCUGCAGCUCAUUACAGGAGAGGACCAAUGUGAGUCUUGACGUCCCUUUGCAAGUAGAUUUUCCAACACCAAAGACGGAGCUGGUGCAGAAGUUCCACGUGCAGUACCUGGGCAUGUUGCCUGUAGACAAACCUGUCGGCAUGGACACCCUGAACAGUGCCAUAGAAAAUCUUAUGACCUCAUCCAGCCAGGAGGAUUGGCCUUCUGUGAACAUGAACGUGGCGGAUGCCACUGUGACAGUCAUCAGUGAAAAGAACGAAGAGGAAGUCUUGGUGGAGUGUCGAGUGCGGUUUCUGUCCUUCAUGGGUGUCGGGAAGGAUGUCCAUACAUUUGCCUUCAUCAUGGACACUGGGAACCAGCGCUUUGAGUGCCACGUGUUUUGGUGUGAGCCUAAUGCUGCCAAUGUGUCAGAAGCCGUCCAGGCUGCCUGCAUGUUGCGAUAUCAGAAGUGCUUGGUAGCCAGGCCACCUUCACAGAAAGUUCGACCUCCACCCCCGCCAGUGGAUUCCAUGACUAGAAGAGUCACAACUAAUGUAAAACGAGGGGUCUUAUCUCUCAUUGACACUUUGAAACAGAAACGCCCUGUCACAGAAACACCCUAGCAGCUCUGGGGGCUCAAGGAUUCUGUCACUUACCCCUGAAGAUCAAACGUCUACACUAAAGAAGCCGACAGCUGGCCUUCCUCCAUUCUGUUGCUGAUGCUCUGUCUCCAGAUAAUUUAUCCCUAACCGAACAUGUUAGACAAGCAUGUGAUCUCGUCUUGCCGCCAUCAUGUGACAUGAAAAGAAGCAUGAGGUUUUUUUUGUUUUGUUUUGUUUUGUUUCUGUAAGUUACAUCAUGGGCAGUGGAAGGUCUUUUUUUACUGUAAAUAUUGUGAACAGAACUUCACACACACUCAGAAGAAUGUGGCCACAUCCUUCCUAGAGAACUAACACUGCGUCCUUGGAGUAAACCAUGCCCAAGUUGGUUUCAUUGUCCUCUUGAUUGGAUCUGUCACACGCAACCUUGGGGUCCCAUGGCACUUUGCCCUGUUUUCAGCUUUUAAAACAUCCAGACCCUGAGGAACAGAUGCCAUUGACUUGCUGUAAAAAGAAAGUGACGAGUUUGGGUUUUAGUUUUUCAUAAAAGUGAACCCGUCAGUUGACAAAAUUGGCUGUUGGGCAUCAGUACAGACAUCAACCAACCACUUUCCUCUGAUGCAUGGACACCCUUUCAUGUCUACAGCUGUUUGGGGUGCUGGGCAAAAGAAAACUUUAAAAUUGAUAGAAAACUAAAUUUGAGGAAUUAAAAUCAGCAAAAAAAAAUAGCCUUUCUUUUCAGCUGGUUUUCAAACCAGUUAUUUUAAAAAAGAGAUUAACAAAGUCAUAAUGCAUUUGCGAUGGGACAUAUUUCAAACUUCUGCCUUACAUUAUACAAUGCAGCUAGAGAAUUAAAGAGUACUAUGGCCAUUCUCUACCCACACCUGAAAAUGAAAUAUUCCCACACUUUCCAUCCUUAGUUUGAUAACGAGCUAAUAUGCAAUUUAGAGUUGAGGAAAUGCCAUUUAUCUCUGCCACACUAUGAUUUUAGAUCUCCACUGUAUGAUUCUUGUUAGUUCACAUCCUGGAGGUAAAUGUAUUCCCAGGGUUCCCUGUCUGCCACAACCUUUCUCUAUGUUUUUUGUCCAGAAAGCUGUCUAGCCAUCGUAUAUUGUCCAUGGCAACAAAUUUAAGUUGUACUUUUCCUCAAUUUGUGUAUUUAAUGUUAGAAAUUGGUAAGACUUGACUAGAUAUGUUUUAAGACUUCUAUUUUUUCCAUUUUACUUUCCAGAUAUAAUUUUUUUCUUAUCAGAGCAAAAUCUACACAGAAAUAAUGGGUUGUUUGAUAGUGUCCCCCAAAUAUCAUUUUCUUGCACCAUUUUAUGUAGCUAAGAAACCUAACUAUAAAGAUACACAAAUUUAGAUUCUUCUUGACAUUAUUAUUUUAAGAAGUUACAAAGGAGAUCAAUCUUAAUAUUACUCUUAUUUACUUUUAUUGUCAAAAUUGAUAUCCUUAUAGAAGCAAUGCUUUAUGUUUAUAGGCUACUUUGCAGUUGUCAGAAUGCUUCCCAGGUUUUAUCACAUUUGAGCCUUACAAGGUAGAAAAGGUACUAAACUCACUGAAGAAAUCAAAAUACCCAGUAUCAAGAGGCUAAAUGAGUGGCCUAGGAUCUCGCUAGAGUUCUUGAGAGCCAGAAUCAGGGCCCCUUGUCUCCCAGCUUUUGCCACAUUACGCCUCCCCCACAUAGCUGGGAAGACCCUUCACAAAUGACGCUGGGUCCAUGCAAGGAAGAACAGAUACUGAAAAUACUGUCAGGCAAUUUCAGAAUUCCCAAGUGUGUUAAGGAAAAUGUCCAGUUUAUAUAUACGGUGGCAGUUAUUGUUAAGACCGUUGUCCUUUCUCAGUACAGGACUCAGUACAAAUGUGUUGUAGAGGACAAGUGUCUGUCCUCAGCAGUCUGUUCCAAGCUGAAAUUUUCUAUAAAUUACAUUACUUGUGGCACUUAGCCACCACAGAUCAUGAUGAGGUGAGAAUCCUCCGCCUGUGGGUCCCUCAGAAAACCCAUGGAGUCAGAUGCAGAGAACCUGGGCAGUUCGAUGGCACCCACACAUGACAAUAAAAGCAAUGUUACUUGAGAAAAUGUGUUAACACUUGGUGCCAACUUGCACACUAGCCGAAGUAACCAGUGCCACCUGAGAAAUUUCUGCAUUCAGAAGACCUUACUGUGCCCAGAGAAAAAACUGCUCGGAAUCUAGUUAUCAUGGUCUCUCAUUUUGAGCUCCACAGUGAAAUGUUUUAAUGCACUCAGCUUCAAAACUCUAAAGUAAUCCAUGUUUCUAUAGGAAGUCUCUACCCACUCCCUGUUCGUUUCUAAGACCUACAUUUGUUUUCAGGAUCAAGAAUACUGAGCUAGCUUUAAGUAGCAAACUGAUUUAUAUAUGCAAUUUCAGGAUGCAGUAAGAUGAAUAAUAGCCUUUACAUAUAAAGAACUCUUACUGCAACUGUUUUGUUUUGAAAAUAGCUUUGUGUACUAAAUGCAGGUUGAUUUUGUAAAAUGAAUUAUGUUAAGCAGUAUGUUCAGACAACUUUCUGCCAUGGCCAAAAAGUAUGUAUGAAAGUGUGUUUGCGUUUGUUUGUGAAGGGAUGCCAAUGUUUUACCUGAAAUCGUAGUGAUUCUUCAGUUAUCUAUGCAUUCUUUAUAUCCGUGAUUCGGUAAACAGGCAGCCAUGUUCACUAUGCCUUGUGUGUCUUACCAUUUUUUUAAUUAACUUGUUAAAUACAGCUUAAAAUAUUUUUAUUUUAUUUAUUCUAUUUUUACUGAAAUAUACUGCAUUGUUGAGUUAAUGUAUUCUCUUUCCUGGGUAUAAUGUCAGUGUGCCCGGGUCUGAGUGAUCUCAGUGAACUGCAUCGCCUAAAAGGUGGUUUUGUAAUGAUUUGUAGUCACAUUUCUAUUGGAAUAUGUAGAAGCAAGGGCAAAAUGCUUAAAGUUCCUUUUAUUUUUUAAAAGCAACUAGGUAGACGUGCUCUGACCACUUUACCUGUGCUUCUUGGCAGCAUCAGCGUGGUAGCCAACAUGCCUAUGGGCUAAGAACUUUUCUUCGUAGACUAAGGCACUGUGUGGUGCUUCAUUUUUAUAUCUUUCACAACGUGUGUGUGAUUUCAUCAGAGAUACACGUGUAUCCACGUGCCCUUUGUUUCCACCAGGAGUCAAGAUCACCCAUAGCUAAUUAGAACCAUUGUUUGUUUUGUUUGUCUGUCUUACUGCAUGAAGGGACAUUCGACCCAUUUCCAUUAAAACAAAUUCUUGGUGAUACAACUGUUGGCACUGCUACUUUUUUUUUUUUUUUUUUUUUUUCUAAAUCCACAUUAGGCAUUUAAGAAAGACACAUAACAAACCACUCAAAGCAGGGCCACUUGUAGCCCCAAAACUUCCCUUACUGUAUGGCACACUCACUUUAUGAACAUUGCAACACAAGGUUUCAAAAGCCACUUGGAAAAAUGUCUCCCUGACAUUAGCACAAUUUAAUCAAACCAAAAGCUCUCUAGUUGGCCAGGUUUAACCUAACAUCUGAUGUGUUUACAGCUAGUAAGAAAGCAAUCGAACUUGUUUCAGCACACAGGGGGUGUGGCUCAGUGGUAGGGCGCUUGCAUAAUGUGAAGAGCUCUGAGUUUAAUCCCUGGAACCAUGGUGGGGGUGGGGGGUGAUGCAUUUCAAGGCAAAGAUCUUUACUUGCACUAUCUGUGAGAGCAUAGCCAGGCAGCCAUGUCAGCCACUUCCUCCUGAAAGGACAUCUUGUUUUCAUUUUGACACCUUUUGCUGUUGACCACGUUUACACGUUUAAAUGUAAAGUGUCGUGAGAAUAAAUGUAGCUGCAUACGAUGUUUGACUCGUUUAUCUGACAGCAUGGCCACGUAUAUAAGAAACAGAUACAAACUUAGUGUCUCUGCAGUAGUUAUUUUAUUUUUGUAUUAUUCUGACUUCAAAUUAAACUUUUUAAAAAUCA